UGCGUCCUCCCGUGCAUGGCCUAAUUGGCCGAGUGGGGCGAGGCUGUGCCCACCCGCGGUGGGAGCCUACUGUUGAUGUCUGCUUGGGGAUCGGGAUGCGGUUCCUAGUAUGUGAAGAGUGAGUUUCCAAACAACGAAGGGAGAGGAGAAUCCGACUCUGAAGGGCCGAAAACCAGUUCUGCCACUUGGUAGCUAGAGACCGUGGGCAAGUCGCUUUACCUCUUUCACCCUGCCGUGUCUCGUUUCUCCUACGAGGGGCUGACGUAGCCGCGCGCUCUGAACUGCAGAGAGCCCAGGGGAAAGUGGCUGCAGGUGCUUUUAGGCCCCCUGGCGUCGAGCUGAGGACGAUUUUUAAAAGACCGAGAGGCAUCACAUAAUGUCAUCUGAGAAGUUGCCAGCAUUUAUUGAGACUUGUAAUGUUGAAAGAAAACAAGACUUAAGUGAAGAUCAGGAGGAGAGCCAGAAACCAAGAUUAGGUAACGAGUUUGAACCAAUAUCUAAACGACAAAUGAAGAAGCUAAUAAAACAAAAACAAUGGGAAGAACAACGAGAACUCCGCAAACAAAAGCGGAAGGAAAAACGCAAGAGGAAGCAGUUAGAGCGACAAUGUCAAUUGGAAUCAAACUCAGAUGGAAAUGACAAAAAACGUAUUCGAAGAGAUGUUGUUCACAGCACACUUCGCCUUAUCAUUGACUGUAGUUUUGACAGCUUGAUGGUAUUAAAGGACAUUAAGAAACUUCAUAAGCAGAUCCAACGAUGUUAUGCAGAAAACCGACGAGCACUGCAUCCUGUGCAGUUUUACCUGACAAGCCAUGGAGGCCAGUUGAAAAAGAACAUGGAUGAAAAUGACAAAGGAUGGGUCAACUGGAAGGAUAUCCAUAUCAAACCAGAUCACUAUAGGGAAUUCGUAAAGAAAGAAGACCUGGUUUAUCUUACAUCAGAUUCACCAAAUGUACUGAAGGAAUUAGAUGAAUCAAAGGCCUAUGUGAUUGGAGGAUUAGUAGAUCACAACCAUCACAAGGGACUCACAUAUAAACAAGCAUCAGAUCAUGGAAUUGAUCAUGCACAGCUCCCCCUUGGAAAUUUUGUGAAGAUGAAUAGUAGAAAAGUUUUGGCAAUUAAUCAUGUGUUUGAGAUCAUUCUGGAAUACCUGGAAACAAGAGACUGGCAAGAAGCAUUUUUUACUGUCUUACCCCAGCGGAAAGGAGCUGUUGCCACAGACAAAGCCUGUGAAAGUUCUUCCCAUGACAAGGAGUCUGCCAGGGUUGAAGGUAGACUGGACAGUGAUUCCAGUGAGGAAGAAAAUAGCAGAAACGAACUAGAUUCACCACAUGAAGAAGAAAAGCAGGAUAAAGAAAAUAGCACUGAAUCUACAGUGAACUCUAUACCACACUGAUGUCGUCUGUUUUUUUUCCUUUUGGUUUUUAGUUUAAGGAAAAACUAGGAGAAAAUGAGGCACUUCAUAGACUAUUCAAAUUGAAAAAAAUUUCAUUUUCUCCUAUUUCUGUUGUGAAUUUUUAAAACUUUUUUUUUACAACUAAGUGAUAUAAAGCCCUUGUAAGAAAGCGCUUUUUGUUUUUGCAUAAAAUUUAAAUGUGUAAUUUUUAAAAUCGUUUUCUAAGCCUCAAAUAAGUUUUUUUUGAGAAUUUUACUUUAUUGGGAAACCUUCAUUCUCUUUGUAUUCUUCAGUGCCUUCUGACCUUUCAGUUUUAUUAUUUUAUGUUUGUGUCAAUGUCUUUCGGAUUUAUUGCCUACUUAUUUAUGGAGGCAGAUAUUUACAAAUCUCCUGUAAGUCUACCAAAAUGUUCUCUAUGGGAGGUUACCUUCUAUUUGUGCUUUUUUAUUGAAUUUAAUAACUUUAAAGGAAUAUAGUGAUUUUAAGAAGAAGUAUUGAAUUUAAAGUCAAUAAUUUAUUUCUUUUGGACUAUGGAGCCUUCUCUGUUUUUCCUCUGUGAUGCCUUUUCAUGGUUCUAAAGCAAUCAUGGAAGAGUUAAUCCCUUUAAUAUAUUUUCUUAAUUCAAAUACUGGUGGUAAAUUAUUUCAGUUACAAAAUUAAUUUUUCAGGCUAGAUUAUUUUUAAAAGGCUGUUGAAGGAUCAGUUCUGUCUUUACCUGAAUUUAAGAAGAAAUAUCUCUCAGCAAUUAGCUUUUCCUUCCAUGUACACUUUUAUUAAAUAUCUGUUCCUUAAAAUAAAUAAAGUUAACUUUAUAUAUGCAUCUGCCUACUAUCAUAUAAUCAUGCUAAUGUAAAUGUGUAUUUCUGUAAAUAUAAGCGCAUAUGAAAAUAUGCAUAAUUGUAUAUGCAUAUGCAUAAAUAUGUCCACAUCAUGUAUAAUUCUGUUAUUAGUGAUAAACAGGAUUUAGUUGCCAUGUAUGUGUAUUAUUUGUGUGAAUGGUUGUGUUGAACAAUACUAAGGAAUUUGAAUUUCAUAAAGUCCAAAUAUCCAUAACUAAACAUUUGUAUAAGGACAUUGGCAAGGGAAGAAGGAGAUGUUUCAGUUUCCUACCAGUAAUGUAGAGCAGUUAUGUUUAAAGUAAGCAAUUGUUUUGUCACAGCUAAAAUAGAACUUCAGAAGCCUUCACUGAGUGGAUAAAUGAAGUUUCUGUUCUUUUUACUCAUUGGCAUCUCAGAUUAUAUACACAUUUGGUAGAAAGUUGAUUGGAUUUAGUGUUGAUGUUCACUAGCUCUUUUCAUUGCUUUAUUUGUAGUAAUCUAUUAUUGUUCUCCAUUUAAAGUAAGGUCUGUCAGCUAGGUAUAUAAAUAAAGAAAAUCUCCUACAGUUUUAGAACAACAAAGCUAUGUCUUAAGUUGUAUUUUUCAAAGGUUCACGUUUUUCUGAGCAAAUACGAGUAUGGUUUAGUAGCAUGAAAUAUUAUACCUUUUACUUAAAUUAUUCCAUAUGGAGUAGGCACAAUUUAAUUUUGAAAGAUAGGGAGAAAUUGUUACAGGCAUUAUAUAGUUUAAUUUUCACUAAUUAUAAAAGCCCUGUAUUAGUCUCGUAGGACUGUCAUAACAAAUUCACACAAACUGGGUAGCUUUAAACAACAGAAAUGUGUUCUCUCACGGUUCUGGAGGCUGAAAGUCCAGAAUCCAGGUGUCAGUUGGAUCAUGCUCCCUUCAGAGGCUGUAAGGGAAGAAUCCUCCCCAGCCCCUUCUAGCUUCCGGUGGUUGUCAAUAAUCCCUGGUGUUCCUGGCUUGCAGCUGCUUCACUCCAAUCUCUGUUUUGUCAUCGAACGGCCUUUUACCCUUGUCUCCCAUGCCUAUGUGUGUGUCCCUCUUCUUACAGGGUAACAGGCUUCGGAUUAGGGUCCCCCCACAUCUUAAACUGAUUGCAUCUACAAAGACCCUAUUUCCUAGAAAGGUUACAUCUGCAAGCACUAGCUACUACCAGUAGGACUUGAACACAUCUUUCAGGUGGACACAAUUCUAUCCUCUACAAGUCCAUAUCUUAUUUCAGCUAUUAACAACAAGAAAGCAAAGAUUACCCUUAGAAAUAACUAAUUUCUGAGGUAUUUAAAAUUUUGUUUUUUUAAAUAAUAGUAAUUUUUUUCUUAAUGUAUUCUUUUCUCUCAACACUGUUUUGGUUUAUUGAGGUUCCUUAUUAUUUAAAACUUCAGUAAUGGUAAGGUCACUUGUAUUGGAACAUAAUAAAGGUAGGGAAUUCAGUUAGUGUUUAAAUAACAAAAUGUGGAUUCCACAUUUUGAACCAGUCACUAAACCUUUGUGUCAGAGAAUUAACUAUCUGCUAAAAUCCAGUUUUCCUUUCCAUAGAAUAUAGUUGUAUUAAUAGCUGGAAUGAUUCCUACUUAAUUUUAUCAGCCUCCUUUCAGCUAGACUAUUUCUCAACCAUGGAAUGUGACUAGAAGUGAUGAUUACCAUUUCAAGGCCAAGACUUUAAGCAGAUGUACCCUCCUUGUGGAAGGCAGAGUAAUGUCCACCAUUCACAAAGAUCGUAAUCCCUGGAACCUGUGAUAUUACAUGGUAAAGGGGAGUUAAAUUGCUAAUCAUUUGACUUUAAGAUAAGAUUAUCUUGUAUAACUUAGAUAACAUCCAAGCCAAAUGUAAUCACCGAGUCCUUAACAGGAAGUUGGGGGCAGAAGAAUCAGUAUCAGAGUGAUGUGUUAUGAGACAGAGUCA